AUGGUAGCAGGCUUAGUCUGCGAGCCAAUGGGUCCUCUUGAAGCCAUACAAAUCUUCGGAAUUCAGCGCUACAGUAACUAUACCAGAGAAAAGACUAAUGAAGGUGUAAGGCUUAAGCAUCUCCAGCUUCGUCCGGAGGAUAAACUUAGGAAUAUUAAACAAAAUAUAGUUGCUAUGGAUUCUUUAGUUUUUGAAAGAGCAGACACACAGUACACUCCUGAAAAUAUCAACAGGGAGCUCAAUAAGAUUUUGGCAGCAGCUAAAGCUGGAAAAGAUCUUAUCUACUACACGUUCAAUGACAAGAAAUUUGAGAAAUCUCUCAUUGAACAGUAUGAAAAAAUGGUGGAUUUGCAUGCAACUAUA